AAUUCAAUCCGCACCCGCCACAAAAUCGGUCGUGAAUACUUAUACCAGAAGCAGCAGCAGCAUCGAUCGGUUCUCCGGCUGAAAUCACAAAUUCGAUCCACCGAAUGGUUCGCGGAGAGAUGCACAAGGCAUUGAGAGCCUACGGAGAAGUCCUCCGGCUGGUGCGGCGCCUGCCGCAGGACACGAGGGCGUACUACGCCAAAUACGCUCGCGAAAACUUCGUCAACUAUCGAGAAGUCGACACCAGCGACGCCGCCGCACUCUCUGAUCUUCUCAACCGCACCUACGUGCAUUCGCUUUGGGUCCUCAACAAGUACUCUAUUGAUGAAUCCGUGGCGGUAAAGCUCAAGGAAAUCUGCGCUGCGAAAUAGGUUUUGCCAUGACUCCUGCACACCAGGUGUUCGAUCUUAUUCCCCUUCCCUACUGAAACAGAACUUUCAUUUCUUUACUGGGCUUUGGGCUUGAGUGAUUGAACUUCGUCUUUGGGCUUUGGGCUUUAGAAGUUAUGGGCCUUUUAAUGUUCUGAUGAACUUGCGUCAAAUAAUCAACCUUCAAAAUUUAUUAUUAUUAUUAUUAAUGGGAACUAGAUUUCGAAAGGGUGGUUUAAGUAAAAA